GGCUGGUGUUCAGAAGCCGCGUUUACCAUCAGGAGAAGGACGUGAAAGGUUUAGCUCUGUAUCUCACACACACGAAAUGCACGCGCAUCAGGUCUAUAGCUGUGUGCUAGCAGUCGUUCUGGUGGCCGGAACAUUUGCGGCACCAUUACAAGAGAAACAAGCUAAAGAAAAGAGAGAUGUGUCUGAAAAUAGACCAGGAGUAAACAAAGUUGAAGAUCAGGAAGCUGAACUUGAAAAAUUAGUUGCUCUCGCUGGUGCAGAGAGUAAAGCCAAUGACGUUGCUGUACACAAAAGUCAAGUGUCCCAUGUUGAAACACACAAUGGAAAAGAUGUAAUAACCGAGAAAACAGAACAAAAAGUUACAGACACAAACACAGGAAAGGUUUUAGCUGACGUCACACAAGAAGUGUCUGAAACAAACGACGAUGAAACUGGUGAGCCGCAUCAAAUUGCCGAGACACACGUCGAUAUUCCCGACAAAGGUGUACACGAGACCUUCGUCAAGGAAGAAGUUGAGGAUGCAGAUGCAGAGGCUGAAGAGGAAAGCCUGCCAAGCCAGGACAGCAUCGAGUUCUCGCCUACGGCAGUUGCAGAAUACCUUCUGAAAUCGUGGGACUUCGACAACUUUUAUGCCGCUUUGAAAGACCUCGUCGGUUCUUCUAUAAUGAGCGAGGAAGAGGCUGAGCGUUACGAGGAACAAGUGAUCUCUGAGUACCAACGUCUCCUGGCAGAACAGAAUGCCGAGGUCAACAACUAUGCUAAUGAAGAACCCCUUCAGGGAUACUACCCAGCUUACGAUGAGGCAGAGAAGCGCUCCAACAUGGCACCCCUUGCCGAGCAGAUUCCAGAUGACCUCUACAGCCUUGACCGUGCAUACGAGAACUACAUUGGAAAUGACCUUGACGCUGAGAGACAGGCAGUUGUCGAUGACGCUCUUUCCGAAGGGGAUGAAUCUCUAACUGGUGUCAUUGAUGCUCUGCUCAAUGCUUGGUGGCAAAAAGAUUUCGAAGGAGGAAAUGCUCGGGCACAAGCUCUGGUCAGCUACUUAUAUGAUGUUGUGUCCAGGGAUGGAAACCCAGAUGACAUUGGUCAGAUCAGGGAUAUUUUGGCUGACAUGCUUGCCAACGCUCUCCUGGACGAUGUACAGAAUCCCGAGGCAGAAUAUAACAUAGAGCAGGCCGUGGAGGACAGCCAGCUCGCCCCAAUGGCUGAUAGUAACCAGGUGGAGGAAAAACAGGAGACAGAGGAAACACCAGACGAGGCAGAACAGGAGUUGGAAGAAACAGCUCAGGCUAAGGAAACAGUAGAAAGUGCAGAGAAGACAGGCACAGCUGAAAAGACAACAGAGGAGGGGGCAGUUAAAGCCGAGGAGAAGGAGAAGAAAGAGGAGAAGCAGUAAGAAGAGAAGUGCAAGAUAUGCAGAAAGGCAGAUAAGCACAAGUGAUAAGUGGUUGCUUAACGAAGUCACGAGACAUGAUCGUGGUCUCAACGGGUUCAAUACAAUGUGACGUAAUCACAAUGUUAAAGCUGAAAAAGAGAGAGACUGAGAGAGUGAGAAAGAAAAAGUUAUUUUUAUCCAAGAUUUAUUCAAUAUAUAAAUAUAUUGCUAUUCCGGGCAGAUCAUAUGAUCCCAGGGUAUUGUGAAGAUCUUUGCCGUGUGUCUAUCAUCUAUAACAGUGGUAUCGUGGUGUUUGCGUCAAUCAACAUAUCUAAUACACAUUGGCCAAGAUUACCAGUGUCUGUGCACAACCAGAAUCAAUACUGGACCAUCUAAUCUUCCACACUAGUACAGUGGUAUUGCGGUUUGAAUUAUUCAUUACAAUGCUGAAGAAAAAAUGCAAAUCAAUUCCACCUUCCUGACUAUUGUCAAUGCAGAUGCUUUUGAAGUAGCCACAUAAAACAGAACAGAGCACAACAGUGUAAAUAAUAUAUACCCUAUCGCCAGAACAUACUUAAUUUACAGUGUGUGUUGUAAAACUACUAAUUGUAAUCAGAUUUAUGUUCACUCGUUAAUCAUUCUUAAUAGCCGGAAUGAAUCACACUAUCUGGCAUCAGUUAUCAAAACCCACAGUAAGCACUGUUCUUAUUCUGCAAAAAGAUAUACCUUUUGAAAUAGUGCUCUGUCAUUCUUUAGUGUCUUUGUUUGCUAAUACCUGUUUUCAGUCUCUUAUCCUCGUUCACACAAGGCCGUACGCGGAGACACUAAUGCGUACACAUGGCCAUAUAAAAUUUGAUUGAGAUUAAAUGGCACAAUAUACUUAUCCAUCACUAACAGAUAUAUUUCUAAAGGUGUAAUGCGUUGUACAUCUACAAUGUACAUGUAAGAUUGUUCAGAAGGUGCUUUACCGUGUUUUCUUCUGAGUCACUAUGAUAUUUUAUAUUUUUCAUUUGUCUACCCAUAUGCUGUGAUCAAUACAUAUGUACAUAUUGUUAAAAUCCCUGAGACUGUUGAACUUAAGGAGAGUCUAUCACUGGAAGAAACAGUUCUCUUUCCAAACUCUUGGAAAUAAGUGAUUUCCAAACGAAAAAAUCUUUCAAAGCCUUGAAAGAAAAUAUUCCUGAGAAUGAAAGUGCAUGUGGAAAUCGCUAGAAGAAAGGGGCUUAUCUUGAAAACAUUGUUUACAGCCCCUUGCGUUACUCAGGAAAUGUGGUAACGAUCGGUCUUUCCAUGUCCUUUCCAAACUUGGAAAUGUUGCUUUUUCUUCCAGUGUACAAUGAAUGCCGGUGCAAAGGAAUUUUGAUAUUUUAACGAUAAUUCCACAGUAAAACAUGACUGAUAAAUUCAUGUGCUCAAAAUGAUUAGGCUCUCUAUGUUUCAGCAGUUAUUCAGAUAUUUGUUAUACUUUGAAACUGUAAAAUUAUUUGUAAAAAGUUCCAAUCUGUAAAUUCCUAUUUCAGAUCGAAUUUACGGAUGUUUCUUUGUAUAUAGGUCAUACGGAAUAUACAAGACAUUGUAAAUGAUAUUACCAUGACGGACUAAAGUAAAUUUCAUAAUAAAAUAUGAAAAAUACCUAAGAAUUUGACUUUUUCUUCAUGGAUUUUAUUUUUUUAUUUUUCCAUAACAUUCAACAUGCAUGUGUUUACCUCUCCAUCAUUUGUCAGUUACUUUUGUCUAUAUCAGAUCAAGGGAGGUGAACCUGAUGUUGAUGGUUUAUGUGUCUGUUUUUCUGUAUCCUACGCUCAUUUCAAUUUACUUUUAAAAGAUUCAAGACCCAAAAUUAAAAAUCCAACAUUAAAAAUAAAUCUUGUAAUUCGUAAUUUGAAAUGAGCUGGUUCUUCCUCAUUCUAAGUCGCACAAUGUUUGUUCUUCGCAACAAAAGAUCUCGAACCUGUCUACAACUUAUCUACGGGUGUAUGCAUUUUUGUUCAAGUCUUUGUGUUCAAAGCCGGCCAUACUGUUACCUGUUUGUAGCGCUGUCUGAACUGCUUGUCUGCCCGGUGUAGCGUCCAUAACAAACCUAUUUUCAUAUUCAUUCUCAUUGUACAACUACUGGUGCAGCUGACGAGCUAUGUACUAUGAACUUCAUUGAAAUAAAGUCUCUGUCACUCCGCUAGUGAUUGGGAAAUUAAGAAAUUAAUCGAAUUUGUAAUGGACAUUGAUACGAAUAAUCAUAUACAAAUGGGUCCCCCUAUUUGCAUUAUCAUGAAUAAAAGAGUCUGAAACUACUAUUGAAUGUCACCAAAAUCAAUCUUUCACAUAAAUAAAAUACAUGUAUCAUAUAUCUGUGUCAUGCUCAGUCUGUAAAGGUAACAUAUUUAUACAAAAUUACUUUUGAUAUAAAAGUUUUGUCGUGUGUAGGAAUGAAUCAAAGGACCGACAAAACAAGAGAAAAAAGAACAUAAAAUGCAUUCUCAUCAAACUUUCACACACUUCAUCGUGAAAUUGACCAAAACCUUUGUUCAACCAGAAAAGCUGGUAAUUUACAAGACUGAGAAUACAUUGAUUUCCAAAUGAACUCAUAGCUAGUUCGUCCGCUGUGGUGUUUUAUUCAUAUACCCUCGGGAUCUCUUGCUUGAGCUACAGUGGCAGACAAUGUUACAUCUUAAUGGCUUUUGUCUUUAAUACGGCGCAAUACUAUAGUUGUGUCCAAAUAAAUGCUUAAAGUUA